AUGUAUUAUGUAUUCUACGUAAAUGAUGGGUACAUGCUAGCAUUGGAUUUGGCACCAGUCGGAUGUUUUCGUGACCUGCAUGAGGAAAUAAGAGUGAAGACAGGAGUUCAGCCAAAGGAGCAGGUAAAACAAAGCUAUGGAUCUGUAUUUUUUCUUUUAGGUAUUCUUCUUGAGUGGCGGAGAGGCUCUUAUCGGAGAUUACCUUCUUUCCACAUAUUCUGAUGCGGGUACUGAGACAAAUCCGGUGUAUUUUAUCAAACGGGUCACCAGCGAGAAAGAUCCGAUAAAUUCCCGUGAAAAGGAAGGAAUAAACAAUUUACUGGAAAGUAGGUACCUAAAUUUAGUUUAAUAUUUGAACCAUAUUAGAUUGGAAACGGGAUGUCGAGAGAGUAAAUCAGCAGCCGCAGAAAUCCACGCUUGUCUCUCAGUAUGUGCAAUUAGCCGAAGAUGGAACUCGCGUUUCUGAAACACUGAUCCGUUUCUGUGCGAAGAGUGUUGCUGAACACCAGUAUCUGAAUCAAGGAUGGAAUGCGGUUACACGGAAUCUAGAUGAGAAUGUUAAUCAACUAGCAACAAGGUACAGCAAGGCCUCAAGAAUUGCACAGAGAUUGCCGACAAUCAAGAAAAAGGCAAAGUUAUGGGUAACAGAUUUCGAACUGGUGUUCAACGCUCUCCUCAAGGUAUGGCUAUGAAUGUCUUGUUUUAUUCUUAUAUUUAGAUAAAAAUCCCGUCGUCAUUACUAUCGAACUCAUCCACGUCUGAACCUAUGUCAUUAUACGAUUGGAUAUCCAGCCAUGACUCAGAGUCAACGCUUGAACAAUUAAUUGAGCAUGUGUCUGAUCAGAUUGAUAAACUGGACGAUACUAACCUUGCGAAAGCAGGGGCAGCUUUGAAAGUUGUAAAAGAUUUGGUGAAAAGGAAGGAUUAUCGGGAUAUAAGAGGGAUUGAUAAACGCUUAGCGACCUUGGACAACAAGUUAACCGAGUUGGAAGAAAGUCAUAGCAGAUUAAAGGAGUAUCUGAAGGACAAGAUGUCCAAAGCCCAGGCUGAUACUCAUAACUUCAGAGUAAGUUUCUUAUUUUUCUUGAUUGACUUUAUUUUUAGGUUGUUAUUGCAGAAGAGAAGGAGCAUAUAUCUAAGUUGACAACUCAGGUCGAAGACUUCACAAGCAAUGCUCAUUUAUUCUUAGGAUCGAAGAUGGAACUUUUAAAGAACGUGCGACAACGAUUAGGGGGAUGGAUUAAACAAGGAUACGAUCGACUACAAGUGUCAAACACCGACCUUAUUGUGUUCGAACAGAAGUUUUCUGGGUUCCGGCAACGGUUGGAUUUGGUCCGACAGAUUCGAGAAGCUCCUAUCCUUUACGUCGCAAGUGUGGCCGAAGUUAUACGGCGGAACAAAUUCAAGACCGAGUUCGAUCUAUGGCUCAACAUUUUUUCUCAGAAAGCGUCGGAGUUUUUGAAAGAAGAAAAUACGGUACGCGCAGAAUUCUACGUCAAAUUAGAGAAACAUUUCCUUAGAGAAAUAUUCUCAGGAAUGGCCGAUGAGCUCCCCAACUUUAUCCCUACUAAACACAAAUUUGAUUCCAAUAUACCUCAACUCAGUCAUGAUGAAUUACGGGCAUUGAGGGAAACCUUAAAAGACUGCCUGGAGAUGAAUGACCUUUUCAAAGUGACCACACCUCAAGUCUUCACUCGACUGGCGGUUGAUGAUCCAUCAAAUCCAGGGUUGUCUCGAACCCAUUCAUCUCUUCACAGAGAAGCCUCUUUCUUCACUAAAGAACAGACACGUAACAUACAAGACAUGGGUAACAAGUUCCCUUCGACAAAUUGGCUGUCCGAGGAAGGACAAGUUGAACAUUCCCCAUCUACUCAGUCAUUCUUAUCAAGGACUUUGGGAUCCACAACUUCAUUGAAUGCCGGUGACAGUCAAGUAACCACUCCUUCAGACCUGGUCCCAUCUUUGGAUCAGAUUAAUGUGCUUAGAAGAGAUAGUUCAGCUUUGGAGAUUGGACCCUCCUCUGUUGAUUUGACCUGUCCGAUGUCGAUCCAUCCAGAUCGUUUUCCAAAAGUAACAAGUCCGAUGAAAAUUCGAAAAGCUUCAAGAGGAUCCACUCCGUCUUUUCCAUCACUGGAUCGAGAAUAUCCAAAGCCUAUCUUUGAGGAAGGUGUUCCUGUAGACAGUCCGCCAGAGGAUGGUGUCUUUAUGCCUGAUGACGAAUUGCAAUCCGCCCAUCAGCAGAAUGAACAGGAGACUCCAUUGUACACCCCCAACCUUUCUCCUGUCAAAAGCAAAGCAGAGAUUGAGGAGAAGUCGUGCCAAACUAUGUAUGGAAGUUCUGAGCAUGCAUCCACUCAGAUUGGUCGGCAAAGAUUAGACUCGUCCACUCAAUUCGAAUAUCAUUCAGACCAUUUUCAAUCCAUUGACACACAAGCUAACUUCUCCGGAGAAAACGUUGGUACUCAAUUUAUUCUCGAUGUCCAAUCUGAUGAAUGCCAGACUGAUGAGAUUAGUAUUUCCGAGCGUUUAGGAGAUGACAUCAUCCAAGUGAUGAAGAAUACAAGGAGUGAUAUCCUGAGCAUCAAAGAGGUAAGUAGGUUUGUUUUUAAAUAAAUACUUAGUUUUUAGGCAUUAUUAAAUGUGAAGACGGAAAAUAACAGUGAUUUGGAAGGAAUGAAAAGAGAAUUCGAAGAGAAUAUCAGAUAUAUCAUCGAGAAAAUCUCCGGGAACGAAAAGUACAAUGGGAUUGUUCAGCAGUUCGAAUUGAAGGUGGACGAAGUCAGCAAACAGAAAGAAGAGAUCGAAGUUAGAAAUCAGAAGUUGGAGGAUGAGGUUACUGAACUCAAGAAGUUGGUCGAGCACGAGAAACACUUUAGAAAGGAGAAAGAAAGUGAAGCCAAUGAGAGGGAAAGAAGGUUGAAGGUUCUAAAUGAACAGAUGCUGGUAGUUAUCAGAGAGAAAGAAGAGGGACAUUCAGAGAUUCUAAGAUUGAGCGAAGAGAUUAAGAACCUCAAGGCGAGCAUUGAACAUGAUUCCAAUGAGGACUGCCUUAAUAUUGAAUUGGAUGUAGCCAAGGAAUUGUUGAAGAGAGAUCUUUCUGUAAGUUAAACGUAUUAAUCAAAGAUCUUUUAGGAGGAUGAGAUUGAAUGGAUGAAAACCGAAAUAGAGAAGAGAAAGAAUAUGAGGAAAACUGAUGCAGAACGUUCAAGUGAAGAAGAUCCUCUGAGGAAGGAAUAUGAGAACGCCUACAAGAACAAGAUGGCCUUUUUAUUAAAGGGAAUCGAGGAGAAAAAAAAUGCUGAGAUAUCAAAAAUACGAGAAGAAAUGGAGAAGGAUAUAAGAGAAGAGUACGAGACUUAUACGGCCAGGAUGGUAUGUCUGAUUAUUAUUUUACAGUCUCCUCCUUAGUACCUGCUCCUGAAGUUACCAUUUUUUCAGAAAGCGAGAAUUAGUGAACUGGAAGAGAAAGUCAAAUUCUAUGAAAAGUCAUCGCUUCCUAUUUCUACAUCAGCGACUCAAAUAAUCCCAAUGGAUGAGUCUAUAAUGGAACAGUCAUGCAUGGUUGUGGACGAAGAUGUUAUUAACAUAAAGGCCUCUUCUUCCACUUUGUCUCAAAAUGAUACUAAUGAUGGGGAUAGCAGCGAUCCGACUGACAAGGGUUCCAGUUCUCCUUAUCAAUCUCCUGUGAUUUCCCCUGAUUUGAAUAUGGAUGUGAAUAUGAAUUCGGACAUGUCAACUAACGAAGUGAAUACCCAAACUAAGUUGAAGAUGAGUGAUAUGAAAAUGAUGAUAUCCUUGCAUGAAGUGAGAGAGGGAAGUGGUGUACUGUUGGUUUACAACGACGUUCAUGCCAGUUUUAUGGUCUUCAGUACUACUGGCACUCUUUAUUUUGUCAAGCCAAGAAGUCUUCGGCGGUUGGGAAUCGAUCAGAAUAACCCGGCACCCAAGUUUACUUUACUCUUUGCUCGUGUACUCGGAGUUGAGUUGUGUGAAACGAAGAAGGCUCCAAACAGGUAAAUUGUUUGAAAGCUGUCGUAAUGUACUUUGUGUAGUACUUGAUGAUUCCCUCCUUUAGAUACAACUUGGCUGCGAACACCCGUUUCUACCGAGUCGAUGUGGCGCCCAUGCCUGCCACGAUGGCCGGGUUAACACUUCAGAUCUCGGCGGCUCCUUCGAAGACUUCUGCUAGUCCCCAGAACAUUCAAGAUGCCCGGGAAGAGGUGACACGGCCUUGA